UACAAAGAUGUAGCGCAGUGGCAGUUACGUUGGUCUGACAAUGACGACAGGCAGACCAUUGAUGACGUCACAGACCCCUCGGCCGUGCUGAUUGGCAUUCGCUCUCAGUUCCGACUGAGGAAAUGACUCCUUUUAUAGAUGAACGCGGCGCCGCGCUGCGCGCUUCCGCAUUCACACAUAGAAACAGUCAGUCAACCGAAAACGAAGGAGGGGGGGGGCAGCCUCGGCACAGACACCUGGAGCGGGGACAGAGCAGCGGUACCGAUCACCGGAAACCGAUCAGUGAAGCAGCAGCAGCAGUAACAGCAGCAGCAGCAGGAUGGGGAACCUGCUCAAAGUUCUGACCAAAGACAUCGACAACAAUGGAGGAAACUUUUUCCUGGACUUUGAAAAUGCUCAACCUUCGCCCUCAGAAACAGAGGUGUGGGAGAGCGUGAACCAGGUUCUGACAGAGGCCCGAGAAGUUCUGGACGAGUUGCAGGCGUACACUGGAGCAGGAGAGGACAUUCGACAGGCCAUCCAGAGUCCAGGGGUGGAGCGUGUUCAGGAGAAGGCGUGGUCAGCUGUCGUCCCCCUCGUCUCUAAACUCAAAACCUUUUACGAAUUUUCUGUGAAGCUCGAGUCCAGUCUGCGCUGCCUCCUGGUGGUCCUCACCUGCUCCAGCAGCAGUUCAAGUCCCACUCAGCAGCUGGAGCAGAAACAGGCGCUGGCCCGACAGUUCGCUCACAUCCUGCACUUCACGCUACGAUUCGACGAGCUCAAGAUGACCAACCCUGCCAUUCAGAAUGACUUCAGUUACUACAGACGCACCAUCAGCCGCAUGAAGAUCAACAAGCUGAAUGCGACUGAAGCGGGUGAUGUAAAUAAUGAGUUGGCCAAUCGGAUGUCUUUGUUUUAUGCCUGUGCCACGCCCAUGCUGAAGACGCUAAGUGAUGCGACAUCAAAGUUUGUGUCAGAUAACCCGGAGCUUCCUGUUGAAAACACCACCGACUGCCUCAGCACCAUGGCCAGCGUCUGUAAGGUGAUGCUGGAAACACCGGAGUACCGCAGUCGUUUCCAUAGCGAUGAAACCGUCCUGUUUUGUCUGCGUGUGAUGGUCGGCGUCAUCAUCCUCUACGAUCACGUUCAUCCAGCGGGAGCCUUUGUCAAGACAUCCAACAUAGACAUGAAGGGCUGCAUCAGAGUUCUGAAGGAGCAGCCGGCGAGCAGCGUGGAGGGAUUACUCAACGCACUCAGGUCUGUCCCAGGUUUUUACUCAUCCAACACAAGGAGUCCAACUGUUAACUGUCAUUUAUACUGCCCCCUGCAGGUACACCACCAAACAUCUAAACGAUGAAACCACCUCCAAGCAAAUCAAAAAUAUGUUACUGUCCAAUUAACCACCCCCCCAAACCCCCCCGACAUCAGGAGACGUACAGAUGAGCCGACGACUGAACAAAGACUUAAGCUAACGCUUCCUUACGUCUUCAGUUUUACGUUUCUUAACUGUCAGUUGUGAAAUAAUGUUGGUUAAAAAAAUGACUGAAAAUAACAAUUGUUGUUUUAAUUGUUGAGUUAAAGUCACUCUUCCAAACCAGAGUUCAUGGUGUGGGAGGCUGAUAGGGUGAUGGUAGAGGCGUGUAGCUAAUAAAAAAAUCUCUCGCUGUGUUUCAGCUUUUUAACCUUUUCUCAGGUGAUUUUGUUUUUUACUUUUUCUUUUUUAACAUUUAUGUGUUAGUGCUGGAACCACUGAUAUGGACUUGGAACGAAUGGACACGGUGACAGUGAACUGUUAUCAAUGACAUUUAUUAAAUGUGUUGUGUUUAAUAAAGAGCCAAAAAUCUACUCAACAAAACUGUCAUUAACUCAACGAGUUAGGUUUCAAUAAAAAUUGAAUUAAUGUCAGUUUUUACCUCACAACUAGAGGGCAGACUCCUGCACUCGUGUUCUGAUAUAUAAUCUGAUUUUAUUUCGUUUUAAAACCAACUUUGUAACUUGGUUGUUGAGUUGAAAAUAAAUAUUUUUAAAUAA